AUGGAUGGAGCCAUGGCAAGGGACAGCAGCAAGGAUGGCACAGAUGGCCAGAGCACACAGAAGGAUCUGGAUGGCACAGUGAAGGAGGCAGUGACGGGCAGUGAGAGCGCUCCACCGCACAAGACCCCGCUCAUCAGCUGGGCAGAAGGCCUCGAUGAGGACACCUUUAAAAUUAGCAAGGAGCUUUUUAGACCCUAUAAGAAGUCACUCAGGAAACUCCAUUUGCCCCAGUACCUCUCCAGAAAGAAAAAACUGAAGUACCUGAAGAAAAGUUUGACCACAAUCGGGAGCUGCAUUGAUCACUUUCUCCAGCAGUACUGCAGACCCUCUGAAGUCCAGCCCUGGCAGAAGACACUCUGGUGUUUCGUUGCCCUCUUCUCAGAGAGGAAGGCAAAGCAGCUGCAGAAGCUGUAUAAGUACAUCAAGAAAAAUCAAAUGGAUAAGUUUGAGGAAUUAUGCUUUCCUUCAGCAAACCCAUAUUUAGUUCCAGGAUGCAAAGAAAAGAAACUGAAGCAGCUUUACAUCAGGUGGAGUCUUAGAAGAGAUACAAGAGACCUGCAGGAAGACCCAGGUAAGAGACAGUCAGCACCAACACACCUGUAA